GCGCCCCGCCGCGUGCCCACCCCCGGGUGGCUGCUGCAGCCUACGCUACCUCUACCACUGCCGGCCGCCCGCGGAGCCCGAGCCCCAGCCUGAGGCAGAGCGGCGCCAGUCCCAACGUCGGGCUCCUGGGCCGCGGCGGCGGGCGGGCGAUGCUCCAGCGUCCUGACCAGCCAUGGAGGCCGAAGCAGGCGGCCUGGAGGAGCUGACGGACGAGGAGAUGGCGGCACUGGGCAAGGAGGAGCUGGUGCGGCGACUGCGGCGAGAGGAGGCGGCGCGCCUGGCGGCACUGGUGCAGCGCGGUCGCCUCAUGCAGGAGGUGAAUCGGCAGCUGCAGGGUCACCUGGGCGAGAUUCGCGAGCUCAAGCAGCUCAACCGGCGCCUGCAGGCCGAGAACCGGGAGCUGCGCGAUCUCUGCUGCUUCCUGGACUCGGAGCGCCAGCGCGGGCGCCGCGCCGCACGCCAGUGGCAGCUCUUCGGGACCCAAGCAUCCCGGGCGGUACGGGAGGACCUGGGCGGCUGUUGGCAGAAGCUAGCCGAGCUGGAAAGCCGACAGGAGGAGCUGCUGCGGGAGAACCUGGCGCUUAAGGAGCUCUGCCUGGCGCUGGGCGAGGAGUGGGGCCCCCGCGGCGGCCCGGGCGGCGCGGGGGGCUCAGGCGCCGGGCCGACACCAGAGCUAGCCCUGCCCCCUUGCGGGCCCCGCGACCUGGGCGACGGGAGUUCCAGCACUGGCAGCGUGGGCAGUCCGGAUCAGUUGCCACUGGCCUGCUCCCCCGAUGACUGAGGGCGCUGUUUCUACGCCGACGCCCGCCGGGAUUGCCCCCUGAGCGCCAGGACUGCUGUGGAUCUCCGGACCUCGACGUCGCUUCGGCAGCGUACCAGGGGCCGCUGGCAUGGACUAAGAAUCCCUGGCAUUGAGGAAGGCCCCUCGCUCUCGCUGGCGGGGCUGCAGGGGGACUGGCUGGAGCGGAGGGACUUGCUGGGGGUUGGGUGGGAACUAAUAAACUC